AUGGGGAAAUUGAAGCCCAAGCAUCUAAGACUAAGCAAGCUCUUUUAUGUUACUCUUCUUCCGCUUUUCUACAGGCGUCCUUUACUCAAGGGAAAUAACUUUCUACAAUUUGUCGACACGCUUUCCAGUAACAAAACUGUUGGGAACUAUAUCCGAGACCUUGACCUCUCGUUUGUAAACCAAUCUGGCAAGAAUGCUUAUGUUGCAAAAUUGCUCAAAAGAUCAAGGCCGUUAUUGCAAUCUUUCACUGCACCACAAACCAGUUUUGGACUCGGCCCUUUAAUGGCACUCAGAAGUUGUUUUAGUUUAAAAGUUCUUGACCUCCGCCUUGUUUCAGAAACGUUGAAUCUCGAAGAACUUUUCCAAUCUAUUCGGCUGCUUGACAACCUCACGCAUUUGUCAUUUCCUCGAUCAUCUCUAGAGAUUUCCAACUACAGAAGUGUGCAUUGGCCCCCAAAGUUACAGUUUUUGAGAGUUUCUGGAGGUAUCUCUGACGAUUUUUUGAUAGAAUCCGACUUUCCUUCCACUAUAGAACAUAUCGAAUUCGCCCACUGUCCGAAAGUGAUGCAUGUUGGGUUCCAGCAUUUUUUAUUUAAAAUGGGUCACAACUUAAAGUCUCUCAAGGUGCAAUUCCCUAUGCCCGGUUUGCAAAGCAACUCGCUAGAUAUCAUAUUCACAUACUGUCCAAACCUUUUGGUUCUAGAGGUGACAGUAGAUUAUAUGUCUGCGGAGUUUUUUGACGAAGAAAAUCUUCACUAUUUGCAUUACCCUCGUCCUUUGCAUACACUUUACCUUGAUAGCAGUGGUAUGCUUGGUACUACAGACAAGAUGGACCCUCUUGAUUUGGCCGUGGCAUUAAGCGAUGGUAGACUUCCAAAAUUGAAAAAUAUGCGUUGCACGGCAAAGUUGGGCUGGGAUCCGAAAUCUGAUGGAGUUUCUUACAUAGCAGAUGAGCUUGAUGAGAGAAAAGGUGGUCUUUACAUUGGUUAUUAA